AUGGCUGCCCUAGAACCAAUCCCAGUCUUCACCCAGCUUAACGACCUAUACGGAAAUCUGGGAACGACCAUAGACCAUGCCGCGAAUUGGAAUACUCUAGCGGAGGAGUUCCAGAAAAGAUUUGGAAAAAAACCAGCGUACAUUGCCAGAGCGCCAGGGAGGGUCAAGUGCGUACUUUUUAUCACUGUCUUUUGCGAACAUAUCGACUACUGUCUCUUUGGUGUCCUUCCAGCUGCAAUCGAGCGAGAUAUCCUCAUUGCAUGUGCCCCCAAGACUCAUGGAGAUCCGGGCUAUGUCGUAGCGGAUAACUUGCAAGACAAGUACACCAAGCAGGCCUUCAAGCCGUCACCUAAUCGCAAGGACAGUGUGUCGAGCAUUUCGAGUAUAGACGACGAGCAAGUUCACGCAGAGGAAUGGCAUCUGGAGAUCAAUACAGCGGAACUGAGGUGGGAAAGUUAUGUCAAAGCAGGGUAUUAUGGCGUCCUCACUAACUAUUUUCCUUCAUCCAAUUCUCUUGCUCAACCUAUUCCCGUCGAUCUUCUAGUCACUGGUACUGUACCCGCAGGGUCCGGACUUUCAUCCAGUGCCGCUAUGGUUGUCGCUUCCACCUUGGCUUUUUUGGCUGUCAAUGGAAAGCUGGACGUUAAUAUCGCAAAGAACGGUUCAAAGAAAAUCAGUAAAGGCGAUUUGGUGAAACUGGCAGUAGCCAAUGAGAACCGCGUUGGUAAGAUGGACCAAGCAGCUUCGGUGAUCUGCACCCCCUCCUCUGCUCUCUAUAUAAGUUUCUUCCCUACCCUGUUCGCAUCUCCAGUACCUUUACCCUCCGGUGCCGUCUUCGUCUGUGCAAAUUCUAUGGUCAUCUCAGACAAAGCUGUCGGCGCAAGGAAGGGCUAUAACCUUCGAGUGGUUGAGACACUUGUCGGAGCCCGCGUUCUGGCUAGACAGCUAGGUCUGCCUUUAGGUGAAGGAGAGAAAAUCACGUUACGCGAAGUAGCUGGACGGCUUGUGGGUGAAACAGCAGAUCAGGAAAUGAGUAUCGAGAAAUUGAGUGAGGUGUUAGAAAGGAUGGAUAUGGAAGUAGACGGGCUGAAGCCGGUAGGUCGUGACGAAGGUGAGGAACUUGGCGUCACAAUGGAAGAGAUGAUUCGUAUGUCUGGGCUGUCGGAGGAGGAGUUUCACGAAAUAUACCUGUCUUGGGUUACAGUGGAGGCAACACAUUUCCAGCUGUAUAAACGAGCUAAACACGUCUUCUCUGAAGCGCUACGCGUACUUAAAUUCCGCCAAGUAUGUCUCGAUGCUGCGUUGUCACCAUCGGAAACUGUCAUACAGGCAUUGGGAGACUUGAUGAACGAAUCUCAGACGAGUUGCCGGGAUCUGUAUGAAUGUUCGUGUCCUGAACUUGACGAAUUAACCCGACUGGCCCGAGAGGCAGGUGCAGUGGCUAGUCGCUUGACCGGCGCUGGAUGGGGCGGGUGCACCGUUUCGCUCGUUCCAGAAGGACUGGUUGCUGCGUUCAUCCAAAAAGUCAAGGAUACCUACCCGCCUUAUCAAGCCUUGAAAGGCGAGAAGCUGAAUGAAGUUAUCUUCGCUACCAAACCAAGUAGUGGUGCAUGCGUAUACAAGUUUGAUGACUAGUUCUAGUCUAAUCAUUAUAAGUUAUAUAUACAGCAGAUGUGCUGUUUCCGUGCACUACGUUAGCCCAUUUUCCUUCAGCAAUUCUAUAUGUUGUUCGUUGCAGUGAACAGAAGUCAAGCCUACAUCACCUUUAGAUGCCCGGA